AAAAGUGUCCCCUCUGUGGAUCUGCACUCACAUCAGCUGGAUGGAGACGACCGGGGACGCACGUGGCUCACAGUGGAGUGUUUCUGCGGCUGGUGGGGUUGUGUGUUUGUGAGUUUAUGAAAUGAGGAGGCGUGGGUUGGAGCUCAGAGGAGUCUGAGGCAGCAGCUGGAUCAGCAGAGAGUCAGCGCUGCACCGCAGGAUGCUGUAAGAGGAGUCUUCACUUUCAGUCCCACAGUGAAACCUUCAUCAUGUAUUCUCUGUUCCCUGUUGGGUGGACCAUUUUCUUUCUCUUUCCAUUGUUUACAGGCCACAGUGAGGGUCUGCACUGCUCUGUGGAGGGUCAAGCAGGGGUCCGUCACCCUGUUCAGGGUCUGCUGGAGAGGUUUGAGGCCGGUCCGGGCUGUGCUGCGAGAGAGCGAGGAGACAAGGAGACUCAUGUGAUCGCAGUGGGGAGAGCAAGCAACAGCCCUGAAAACAAGGUGACAGUGUUUCUGAAGCCCCUAUCUCUGACUCCCUCCUCUCUAAGAGUCAUCCACCUGCUGCUCAGCUCCAAACUCCCUCUCACCUGGUAUCUAGAGGCCGAGAGACUCCCCCCAAACCUCACUGUUCUGGUUCAGGUUUCCUCAAACUCCAGCGUUCAGUCCCGCUCCCUCCACAUGCACAUCCAUGAGGUUCAUUCUCUGCCUUUUGGUCCUCGAGCGCUGCACCGCUGGGCUCUUAAACACCAUGGCAACCUGUCCUCUCUGCUACACACCACACACGGGAACCGAGUCUACAUCAAACUGGGAGAAGAUCCAAAUCUUCCAGCUGUUUGCCAGCUGCAGCCCAUGUUCCUCUCUCACAACUACAUGACCUCUGACUUGCAGCCACAGGAAGUCCAGGGUUGCUCCGACAUGCCAGCAGGAGGGAUCAGUCCUGAAGUCCACGUGAUCAAACUCCAUUCAGCCGGCUCAGGACUCUGUGGGUCUCUGCAGGUGGAGGUGGUUGUCUCUCUGGUGCCCCCGGUGGCCAACACAAAUACCCAGAGUGUUGUGUUGAUUCUCAGCAGCUCAGUGCCAGUUAACUGGGCCAUCGUGUCUCAUGGUGUCCGGGCUCAUGUCAUUGUUCGAUCCUCCAACAGCAUCUCUCCGCCUUACCCCCCUGACCCUGACCUGACCCUGACCAGCACAUUUGACCCUGACCUGUCCAGCAUACCUGACCUCCUCCUGUGGGCCAAUGAGUACGGCUACCCCAGGGUGACAUCAUACACCGAGGCUGACCUGGCCAAUCGCUUUGUGGUCCAGCUGGCGGGGGGCGGGACAGUUGCGGUGCUGAAUCCUGUGGCGGUGAAGCCUCCCCGGGCUGAGGAGCGCAGGCUGAGGAAAUGGUUAAACGGAGGAGACGGGGCAGGAGGGAGGGAGAGUUUCACAGUGCAGUGUGAGGACGGACGCCUCGACGUGAGCGUGGACCGACAAAUCCUGCAGAGCUUGUCCAUCCCUGUUGCUGCUGUGACUCUCCGUGACUCGACGUGCCAGGCUCAGUCUAAUGGGAGCCAUUUCCUGUUGGUGUUCCCAGUCAUUUCCUGUGGGACUGAGGGUCUGAUCCUGCCACAGCCCAGAGGGGUGCAGUACAAAAACAUGUUGUUAUUAUGGAAAGAGAAACCUCAGACAGCUCUCACGCUCAGUGAGACGGACAAGAAGACCAAAAGUCCGCUAAGCAUACAUUUCAGCUGUCUGGCUCCUCUGCCUGCCCUCUCCAGCCCUGCUGAAAGAGACAAGGUCAAUCUAAACACCCCUCGAAUGGGGCCAGUUUUCCUGCCACCCAGUGGUCCCAGGCCUGAUCUGGUACCAAAUAACCUCCUGACAUCCAGCUACAGACCUGGACCUGCUCUUGUUUUGAGGCUUUUUGUCAAUGAAGGCUACGAGCAGGGCCGGGUCGGACCCUGCGUCAUCACUGCAGACCACCGUGUUUAUGUUGAGAUUUCAGCCAAAGGGCCCUCCAUAGAUGUCUUGGAGGUGAGGUCAUGCGUGGUCUCUCCUCUUUCUGACCCCAAAAAGUCUCGUUUCUGGACUGUCAUUCGGGACGGUUGUUCCACGGACCCCUUAGUGAAACUCGCUGCAAAGACAAAAGAGGAAGACAAAGAGGACAGAGAUGAUGAUGAUGAGCUGGAAGAGGAAAGCGAAGAGAGAGAGGGAUGGAGAAUCCAACAUAGAACUAAUGGAAGCAGGAAAGCAAGGAUGGAAAGGAGCCGUUUGAGUACGCUGGCAGAGGAGGAGAUGCAGCCUCUGAGGUUUAGCUUCAUCCUGAGGCCCGUUUACAACGAGUCCAUUCAGUUCCUCCACUGCAGCCUCCAUCUGUGUCUCUCUGACUCAAAAAGAGGUGAACCUGUGAAGGAAACAGUGAAGAACGAGUGUCAUGGCGGGCGCCGUAUCCCUCCACUCAUAUCCAGAUCACCUGGACGUCAGUGUGAGAUCAGAAACCUCUCCAGGCCCAUGGUGGUCACCCAGCACAUCAGCUCACUGGCUCCCAAAGUGCUGAGGCCCCCUACUGGCCAAAGAACUAAACGCCUGAGCUUCUCUCCUGUGGCCGUCCCAGACCAGAGCAGUCCCGUGAUCCCGACUGAAACUUUGGUUGGUAUCAUCCUGGCUGCCUUUGUGAUGGGGGUGGCCCUGAUGGGGGGGCUUUGGUGCAUCUAUAACUGUACAGCAGCACAUCCAGCAUCUCUUAGAGGAGAGAGUCCGUUCACGGAUCAGACUCCUGUAGGUGAGAUCAUCUGGAAUCCACCGUCGCCUCUGUCUGAUCAGCUGUCCACCUCCAUGUAGAGGAUUUCCUCCUCCAAAUCUGACUGAGGAGAACUGGGACAGAGGUUCACCCAGCUGCCUGUCUGCAGUUGUCUUUGUGAACGUCGCCGUGCAGCAGUAAUGUGAAGACAGAGCCUCAACUCAUCGGAGUAUCUUGACAAAGAUUUUUGUUUGAUGCUGCAGAGAGCUCUGCAUUCAGUCAUUGUGAAACUGGCACCAGGAGCGUUUAUCUGGACUGAUCUAGAGCUAGACCUGGUGAAAGUGACUCAGACUGAAACUUCAGUGUCGCCUUAAAGCUGGAGCACAAGGUCAAAGGGAAAGUGUGAUGCGUCUUUUUGUAGAGUCAGUGUUAUGUACAGAAUCAUUUUUCAUCUUUUUGUGCUGUAACUGUGAAUCAGCUGUGCAUUGUAGCUGUUAUUUUCUGUUUGUGGAGGCUGAAUAAAGUCAAAUAAAUGACUAAGAGCCUCGCUGAUUUGUUCCACUCUUCAAUCUCAUGCAACCUUAACGACAAAGGAGGUUUUACUUGGUUUAUUUCACCCUUCUUCUCUAAAUGAAGUUACUUAAAUACAGCCUGCAUCCUUCUUCGUCAGGAGCCCAGCUCCAGCAGAAGAGAACGUCACAUUUAGACAAUUUUCUGAGAAAAUAAUACAUUAAAGGCUCAACAAGAUUGGAUGAUGCUCUCUAAUUGAACGUUUUGCCUUGUACAUCCUUGGAAAAAACAUCUAAGAUUGCUUUAAAUGAGUUUUUGCUGUGAGCCUCCUGAAAAAUAUUUUGUUUUCCUUUCAACACAAACCGGUGAGUCACACAUGCAUGACAAUAUAACCGAGCCUUAUUGGUAUUAAUGUUGCAUUUCAAGCAUGCAUUAACU